UUCCUACUCCAUUUUUGUGAGACGGGUGGAGGAGCGCACUCUCGGCGGGGAUUCUGUCAGUCCACGCAGCGGAUACUUCACCCUGAGCAAUAAAGGCUUCGAGAGCGAUUACUGCGACCCAUUUUCUUAUAAAUCUGGUCUGAGAAGAGUCUAGAAGGUGUUCUCAGGUUGUUGUUUUUUGACAUGGUAGAUUAUCACGCUGCCAAUAAUCAAGCUUUUUAUUCGACAGGCGGGCAACCAAGCUACAUGGAACAGGAGAACGACUGGGACCGGGACCUGCUGCUGGACCCGGCCUGGGAGAAACAGCAGAGAAAGACUUUCACGGCCUGGUGCAACUCUCACCUGAGGAAGGCAGGAACACAAAUCGAAAACAUCGAGGAGGAUUUCAGAGAUGGACUCAAACUAAUGCUUCUCCUAGAGGUCAUCUCAGGGGAGAGAUUACCUAAACCUGAAAGAGGCAAGAUGAGAGUGCACAAGAUAAACAAUGUCAACAAAGCUCUGGACUUCAUCGCCAGCAAAGGAGUCAAACUGGUGUCCAUUGGUGCAGAAGAAAUUGUGGAUGGAAAUGCCAAGAUGACUUUGGGAAUGAUCUGGACCAUCAUCCUCCGCUUCGCAAUCCAAGACAUCUCGGUGGAAGAAACCUCUGCUAAAGAAGGACUAUUGCUCUGGUGUCAGAGAAAGACGGCUCCUUAUAAGAACGUCAACGUUCAGAACUUCCAUAUCAGCUGGAAGGAUGGUCUCGCCUUCAAUGCUCUGAUCCAUAGACACAGGCCGGAGCUCAUUGAUUAUGAUAAACUGAGAAAGGAUGACCCAGUGACCAAUCUGAACAAUGCUUUCGAAGUGGCGGAGCGAUACCUUGAUAUCCCCAAGAUGUUGGAUGCAGAGGAUAUCGUGGGCACACUACGGCCGGACGAGAAGGCUAUUAUGACCUACGUCUCCUGUUUCUAUCACGCCUUCUCUGGUGCUCAGAAGGCUGAGACAGCAGCCAAUCGUAUCUGCAAGGUGUUGGCGGUCAAUCAGGAGAACGAGCACCUGAUGGAGGACUAUGAGAAGUUAGCCAGUGAUUUGUUGGAGUGGAUACGUAGGACAAUCCCAUGGUUGGAAAAUCGUGCUCCAGAGAAGACUAUGACAGAAAUGCAGCAGAAAUUGGAAGAUUUCCGUGAUUACCGUCGUGUUCACAAACCACCCAAAGUUCAGGAGAAGUGUCAGUUAGAGAUCAACUUCAACACAUUGCAGACCAAACUCCGUUUGAGCAACCGACCUGCCUUUAUGCCAUCUGAGGGACGCAUGGUGUCAGACAUUAAUGGGGCAUGGCAUAAAUUGGAAGGGGCAGAGAAAGGCUAUGAAGAGUGGCUACUGAAUGAGAUCCGGCGUUUGGAGAGGCUUGACCAUCUUGCAGAAAAGUUUAGACAGAAAGCAGCCAUCCAUGAGAGCUGGACAGAUGGUAAGGAGGCCAUGCUAACUCAGAAGGAUUAUGAGACUGCAACUCUGUCCGAGAUUAAAGCUCUCCUAAAGAAGCAUGAGGCAUUCGAGAGUGACCUUGCCGCCCACCAGGACAGAGUGGAGCAGAUUGCUGCCAUUGCACAGGAGCUCAAUGAGCUGGACUACUACGAUGCCCAGAGUGUUAAUGCUCGCUGUCAGAACAUUUGUGAGCAGUGGGAUGCUCUGGGUUCACUAACACAGAGUCGUAGAGAUUCUCUGGAGAGGACAGAGAAACAGCUAGAGUCUAUUGAUGAGCUUUACCUGGAGUACGCUAAGAGGGCGGCACCAUUCAACAACUGGAUGGAGGGGGCAAUGGAGGACCUUCAAGAUAUGUUCAUUGUGCACAACAUAGAGGAGAUCCAGGGACUUAUGACAGCUCAUGAGCAGUUUAAGUCAACUCUUCCAGAGGCAAAUAAAGAGCGGGAAGCGAUUCAGGCCAUCCAGGCUGAAGUGCAGAAAAUCGCUCAGUACAAUGGCAUCAAACUGGCUGGAAAUAAUCCUUACACCAGCAUAACCCCUCAGAGCAUUGACAGCAAGUGGGACAAGGUGCAGCAUCUGGUUCCUCAACGUGAUCAGGCUCUGCAGGAAGAACUUGCACGCCAGCAGUCCAAUGACCAUCUCAGACGCCAGUUUGCUAACCAGGCCAACAUGAUUGGACCAUGGAUACAAAACAAGAUGGAGGAGAUUGGCCGGAUAUCAAUCGAGAUGAACGGAACGCUUGAGGAUCAGUUGACUCACCUGCGUCAGUACGAGCAUAGUAUCAUUGAAUACAAACCCAACAUCGAUAAACUCGAGGGAGACCAUCAGCUCAUUCAGGAAGCACUUAUAUUUGACAACAAAUACACUGCUUACACUAUGGAGCACCUGCGUGUUGGCUGGGAGCAACUCCUUACUACAAUUGCUCGCACCAUAAACGAGAUCGAGAACCAGAUUCUGACUAGAGAUGCUAAAGGCAUCAGCCAGGAGCAGCUUCAUGAGUACCGCACCUCCUUCAAUCACUUUGAUAAGGACCACAGUGGUGUCUUAGCAGCCGAGGAGUUCAAGGCUUGUUUGAUCAGUCUGGGUUACGACGUAGAAAACAACAAGCAGGGUGAUGCUGAAUUUACUCGUAUUAUGGGUAUUGUUGACCCCAACAACAGUGGAGCAGUGACCUUCCAGGCCUUCAUCGACUACAUGUCGAGGGAAACAACCGAUACGGACACUGCAGACCAGGUCAUCGCUUCAUUUAAGAUCCUAGCCGGAGACAAGAACUACAUCACAGCAGAGGAGUUGAGGCGUGAGCUUCCUCCUGACCAAGCAGAGUACUGCAUUGCCCGAAUGGCACCAUACACAGGCCCUGAUGCAGUUCCAGGUGCACUUGACUACAUGUCCUUCUCCACCGCCCUGUAUGGAGAGAGCGACCUCUAAGGGCCACCUCCAGAACUCCGGAGCAGCUCUCUCUCCUGCAUCAGUUCUGAUCUCCUGACAGACUAGAUUGAUGAGAGCACUGGAUGAAGCCGCAUCUGUCUUUCUCUCACCCAUCCAGUCCUUAAAGAGAUCAAUGCUCCUUAAGAAGAGGAAAAUAUUUAAGAGUGUUGGAAAUGGGACUUAAAAGCACACCUGAGGGGGAGGGGGCAAUGAAGUUUAGGGGAGGAGGGUUGCCAUGGCAUUGUGAGAGGAGCAGAUAACUUGAUGAAGCUUGCCACACUUUGAGGGAUAACCUUUUGAUUCGGUGUUAAACAUGUCUGUCUUGGAGAGCUUAAGGAAAGGGAGGAAAGAUCCUAUAUAGAUCAUAUAUAGAAGUAAAGAGAAGUUUAAGUUGUUUAGCAGGUUCAGAGUGUCAUGGCAGUGGUUUUGUGUGUUUGGACUGUGGCCACAGCUCAGGUUCUUUAACUGUGCUUAAUCUUUCCCAUUUUCUCUUAACAUAUGUAACAAAUGACAUAUGUACUAUCAAAAAGACUCACGUAUGUUAUUUUUUAGCUUUCAAGUAAUCACCACCAGCAGUAACCUGUAAAGACACUUGAUGUUAAGCCUUUGGGCUAAACAAAUUAGAAAAAUAUAAAAUCUUGUUUUGGAUAUAAAACUAGUUUUUACUGGGAUAGAACUAAGAAAGCUUAAAGAAUCUGCUUUGGAUUCAGUCUAUGCCUAGACACCUAACCUGCACCCUCUACCCCCUGUUGGGGAGGGCGCAAGCUUUUCCAGUUAACAUGUUAUUUUCUUUGUUUUAAUUUUGUUGUUGUUGUUUUGUUGCUAGGGUUGGUGGGGUGGGAGGUUUUGGUUUGGGGUUGGAAUAUGUUAUUUUGCAGAUAGCAAGGCUAUAUAUCAUUUGAAAGUUGAAAGAAUGACUCAAAGUGUUUUCAUAGCUAAUUUUGUGACAUGCCCUCUUAACCCAUUUUGCUGGAUCUGUGGAACUCUCUGAAAAUCUAACCUCAGCCUUUUCCUCUUUUUUUUUUUUUUCUCCUCUCCAGCAAUUUUGAGUUAGUGGGGUUCUACGCUGUACAUACUUAUUUUCCAGUACACAGAACUGUCGGAUUACCCAUGGCGGUCACACAGGGCUUCAGAUCAUAAAUACAGAUGGUAGUGUAAUCAAGCAGUUUCACCCGUGGAGUACUGUAGGCAGGUUCGAGUGGCUGCAGGUUUGGUUUAGUUUGUUUUUGGGGUUGAAGAAUAAAACUACAAAAGUACCCAGUCUUUUUUUUUUUUUUCCCGCAAUCAACCAUACAGCGUUCUCUUAUUGACUCCCAGACUCAAGAAGACAUGUCCCUUAAGGAUUUCUCUGAAAAUUGUAACUAAUAAUGGCAUCGAUCUAUAAUUGUUUCAAAAAUAUUCCUGAAAGUCCAUGUAGGAGCUUCAAUACAGCUACUGAAUCAACUGUGAGGAGUCAAAAAAAAAAAAGAAGAAAAAAAAGAAAUUUAUAUAUAUAUAUAUAUAUAUAUAUAUAUAUAUAUAUAUUACAAAUAAAGCACAACUGUGCCUGGUAGCUGAAGGUUGCUCGCUCUCUCUCUCUCUCCUAUUUCUUUCUUUUUGUUGUACGCUCGAUUUCUCUUACAAUAGGAAGGGAAAGGGACCCAGUGGACACCUCUGGAGGUUGAGAAGAGUUGAAGUCUUAAUGAAUAUUCCAUUAUGUCUUAAUUCAAAUUAAAUUACUGUUUAACAAAUCUAUGCAAUCAUGUAUCCAAUACCAACCAUGCUCAGAAAUGAAUGGUGGGGGUGAUUUGCAAUCAAAAGUGUUGAAUUAGCCUAAUUCAAGGGAGAAAAAAAUUGAGGGUAGAGGGAGGGGAUAAGGAAGGGUUUCAGAAGAUUUGAACAGACUUGGACCAGAAGCCUCUUAGCAUCUGCAAAGUUGAAGAGAAGCAUUUAAAAUUCUGAUUUUUUUUAUUUUUUUUUUUUGUACUCUAAUAUGAAACCUUAUCUGCUGUAAUGGAAAUUUACAAAAAUGCUUAGUCUCAAAAUGAAAAGUGAAUUUCACAUGAACACAAAGUUUGCUUAUAAAAUAUUACCACUUUGAA